CAUUCUAGUCAGUCUUUCUUCCCCUCUCCCAACCAUACUGGAACUGCUUUUACUGAGUUCCCCGAUGACCUGUUAAAAAUACAGUGGUCAUGGCUGGGCGCAGGGCUCAUGGCUGUAAUCCCAGCACUUUGGGAGGCCAUGGUGGGUGGAUCAUGAGGUCAAGAGAUCGAGACCAUCCUGGCCAACAUGGUGAAACCCUGUCUCUACUAAAAAUACAAAAAUUAGCUGGGGGUGGUGGCAUGUGCCUGUAGUCUCAGCUACUCGGGAGGCUGAGGGCUGACGCAGGGGAAUCGCUUGAACCCGGGAGGUGGAAGUUGCAGUGAGCCAAGAUCACUCCAUUGCACUCCAGCCUGGCGACAGAGACUCCAUCUCAAAAAAAAAGAAAAAAAAUACAGUGGUCUCUUUUUGGUUUUUAUCUUACUUGUGAGCAGCAUUUGACACAGAUGAUGGAUCCUCCUCUUGGAGACACUUUGUUUGGUUUCCAGGACACUGCCCCCUCCUGGCUCACCUCAUGUUCUUUGGUACUUCUUUUUCAGUCCCCACAGCCUAUUCCUUCUUAUCUUUGUGAUCUCUAAUUAUUGGAAUGCCAGGAGUCUGUCUUAGCCAUCUUUAUCUUUUUAGUUGUUCAGGACAAAAACUUUGGAAUCUUUCUUGAUUCCUUUUAUUUACCCUUCCUCCACCUCCCCAGUCAGUCCAUCAGCAAAUCCUGUCAGCUUUUCCUUAAAAUGUAUUUGGAAUCUAUUUUUCAUCACCUCCACUGCAUCCACCCUAGACCAAGCCGUUACUUCUUGGCCUCGUGAUUAAAGUAGUUUCCUAACCAGUCUCCUAGCUUCGUGCUUUUGUCCCUCCUUCCUCCCCCCUCCCCCUCCAGAUUUUUACUACAGUAGCCAGAAUUUUCUUUUUAACAGGUGAGUCAGAACAUGCAGUCUUACACUUCACUCCAAUGGAUCUCCCUUUCAAUGCUUUUUGGUUUUAAAAAUACUAGCAUCUUAAAAUGUCCAAAAUCAAACUGCUGAUUUUGCCCUGAAAUCUUUUGUGUCCAUGGUCUUCCCCAUCUUAGUAAAUGUAACUCCAGGAGUGCAGAGCUAUUUGUCUUUUUUUUUUUUUUAAAUCUGUACCACUUACAGCAGUACCUGGCACUUGGUAGGCACUCAGUAUUUACUGAAUAAAUGAGAAGAAACCAGUCUUUCAGAGAGCAGGGUAAGAGAAGAGUGUUCUAGGUAGUAUGAACCAUAAGUGCAAAAGAACCUGAUGGGGCCCAAGUUUGGCAUGUUUAAGGAACUGAAAAGAAGGCCAGCUUGGGCAUGGUGGCUCAUGCCUCUAAUCGUAGCACUUUGGGAGGCUAAGGCAGGAGAAUUGCUUGAGCCCGGGAGUUUGAGACUAGCUUGGGCAACAUAGCGAGACCCCAUUUCUGCAAGAAAUUAAAAUAUUAGGUAUGGUGGCUUGCAGUACUCAGGAGGCUGAGAUGUAGAGCCUGCAGUAGUGACCCCUGAUUGCUCCACUGCACUCCACCCUGGGCGAGAGCCAGACCCUCUGUCAAAAAACAAAAAAGUCCAGUCUGGCAGGAGCUUAGGUACUGUAUAAAUUUCCUAUUGCUACUGCAGCAGCAAAGUCAUAUGUACUGCUGUAAAGUUCUGGUGGUCAGAAGUGCAGAAUGAGGCUCAAGGGGUUAAACAUCAAGGUGUGGGCAGGGGUUCUGGAGAAUCAGUUUCCUUGCCUGAUUCAGCUUCUAAACACCUGGGAUCCCUUCCCCAUCUUAAUGCCAUCAGCACAGCGUGUUCAAAUCUCUGUCUCUCAUCUCUACUUUGCUUGUUUCAUCACUGUCUCUCACUGACCCUCCUUUGUUUCUCUUGUAAGGACCAUUGUGAUCACGUCAUCUGGCCAGCCUGGAUAAUCCAGGGUGAUCUCUUGACCUCAAGAUCCUUAACUUAAUUUCAUCUGUGAAAUUCUUUUUGCCAAGUAAAUUUACAUAUUCACAGGUUCCAGGGGUUAGAACCUAAACAUUUUUGGCAGGGGUGAGGAGGUAUUCAGCCUACCACAGUUAAUGAAGAGUGAGUGGCCUGAGAUAAGGUCUUAGAGAUUGGUAGGGACCAGAUCAUGAUAGGUCAUGAUAGGGAGUCUGUUUUUCAGUCAUAGUGCUGAGGGGUUUCAGUAGGGGAAUGAUACGAUUUGAUGUGAAAAAGUCUCCCUGGCUGCUGGAUGGCGAUUAGACUGUUGGGAUGGAGAGCAGAAGGCCUCAGCUUUUUAUUCAUAACAUCAUACGGUGGAUCUCAGUCUUGCUCUAUGUUAUGAUCACACCUCAAAGCAAUUAUAUCUGAACCACUGAGGGCUGGAUCCAAGUAUCAGCCUUUUUUGUUUGUUUGUUUUUUAAGAAAAAGAGCAUUCUAGUUGUAGCCAAGGUUGAGAACCACUAGUCUCAUAGAUCUGAAUCCAUUUUACCUUUUCAGCCUUAGCUCAAUAGGAGCUUCUCGCAUCCGUCACUUACUGCAUGAGCUAUUUGGCCAUUUCUUAGACAAACUUCCUGUAUUCCCACCUGUGCCUUUCAAAAUAUACCUAGUCUAGGGAGGCCUACGCGGACUGUCAGGGCCCAGCUGGCAAACUCUCCUCCAGAAAGCUUCUCCAGUGCCCUGUAGUAGGAAUGAUUUGCUUCCUUCCCUGGCUCCCAUUUGCACUUAGAUUUCUCAGCCCUGAUCACAGUCAGCUGUAUAUUAUAGCCUCCUUUGCUUAUUUACUCGUGCCUUCAACAAAUAUUGUACCACUUGGCUGAAUGCUCUGCUAGACACUAGGAUUUACUACCAUGCAGACAGUCCUGGUUGGGCGUGGUGGCUCACACCUAUAAUCCCAGCACUUUGGGAGGGUGAGGUGGGCGGAUCGCUUGAGUUCAGGAGUUUGAAACCAGCCUGGCCAAUGUGGUGAGACUCUGUCUCUACUAAAAAUACAAAAAUUAGCCAAGCUAAUUAGCCGAGACGCACUCCUGUAAUCCCAGCUACUCGGGAGGCUGAGGCACUAGAAUCUAGCUUGAACCCAGAAGGUGGAGGUUGCAGUAAGCUGAGACCGUACCACUGUACUCCAGCCUGGGCGACAGAGCAAGACUCUGUCUCAAAAAAAAAAAACAAAAACCUUGUCUUCUAGGUCCUCCAGCAGCUUAAUCUAUAUGGAGGUAGGAGGUAGGAGCGGGUAGACGUGCAAUAAGAAUACUCUGAGAUAAUUGUUCAAAUGGAGAUUUGUCCAAGUGCUGUGGGAACAUGGGGAUCUCAGAGACAGGUUUUCAGCUAUUUCAGUAUUUCAGCUAAAAAACUUGAAGGAUGAUUUGGUAUUUGGUGGUGAGCAGGGCAUGGGGAAGGGAAGAGUUUUCUGAGACAACAUGUGAAAGGCAGGAGAUGGGAGAGAGAUCGUAGUGUUUCUUAGAGACCAUGUAGUAACAGUAUUGCUUCAGUGCUCACUGAAGACAGUGUCAGAAGCAAGUAGAGGGCAUUAGAUUCUGUGAUCUUCUAUGCUUUAUGUGAAGGAGUUAAAUUUUAUCCUAUACUUGUAGGGAUGCCAUUGAAAAAUUUGAGCAGUAGAGUGACAUGGUGUGAUUUCCAUAUUGGGAGGAUUGCUCUGGGUAAUGUAAAGGAGAGGCUGGAAUAGAGAGGGAUAAAGGCAGGGAGGCUGGUGAGUGGUGCUAGGAGAGGAACGGGAUCAGGUUUGUUGUAGUUGAGGGGAAUCGCAGUGAAUUGAGGUGGGAACCACUCUUAGAAGCCUAAGGUUAUGGGGCUGGGCAUGGUGGCUCACGCCUGUAAUCCUAGCACUUGGGAGGCCGAGGCGGAUGGAUCACAAGGUCAUGAAAUCUCCUGGCUAACACGGUGAAACCUGUCUCCACUAAAAAAAUACAAAAAAUUAGCCAGGCAUGGUGGCACGUGCCUGUAGUCCCAGCUACUUGGAAAGGAUAGUAAUGAUGACACUGAAGAUGUUUCACUGUUUGAUGCGGAAGAGGAGACGACUAAUAGACCAAGAAAAGCCAAAAUCAGACAUCCAGUAGCAUCGUUUUUCCACUUAUUCUUUCGAGUCAGUGCUAUCAUCGUCUAUCUUCUCUGUGAGUUGCUCAGCAGCAGCUUUAUUACCUGUAUGGUGACAAUUAUCUUGUUGUUGUCAUGUGACUUUUGGGCAGUGAAGAAUGUCACAGGUAGACUAAUGGUUGGCCUACGUUGGUGGAAUCACAUUGAUGAAGAUGGAAAGAGCCAUUGGGUAUUUGAAUCUAGAAAGGAGUCCUCUCAAGAGAAUAAAACGGUGUCAGAGGCUGAAUCAAGAAUCUUUUGGUUGGGACUUAUUGCCUGUCCAGUACUGUGGGUGAUAUUUGCCUUUAGUGCACUCUUCUCCUUCAGAGUAAAGUGGUUGGCGGUGGUUAUUAUGGGUGUGGUGCUACAAGGUGCCAACCUGUAUGGUUACAUCAGGUGUAAGGUGGGCAGCAGAAAGAAUUUAACCAGCAUGGCUACUUCAUAUUUUGGAAAGCAGUUUUUAAGACAAAACACUGGAGAUGAUCAGACGUCCUGAAUAGAGAAAGCUUAUGUGCUUUGUUACAUUGGGGAACAACUGCAACUGAAGAGAUUCUUGACUCAACCUUUUAGAGCUUAGUCCAUGUUGCAACGAGGAGUGUUGGCUUUGUUUUUCCACUUUUAAAAACUUUAUUUAUAAAAAGGAAAAGUAGUUUUCAUAUUAAGUUUUUAUUUCCUUUCCAGCAGUUGGGGCUAGAAAGUAUAUGUUGGCACUAGAAACAUUGUCAAGAUUUGUUCUGUGGUGUAGGUAUGCACAUUCCAUAGGUAUGCACACGCCGUGUAAUAUCAGUAUAUCCCGAGUUAAUGAAAGUGUUCAUUUACAUAGGUAAUGGAGACCUUUGCAUUUUGAUCCAUAGAACAUAGGAGGAUGUUCUUAGUCUGUCUCAAAGCUCUGUAUGUUUACAUAUUAUUUCUGUAGAUUGUUUUCAGGAGAAAGUUUUGCUUCCAUGGUAAGAGUGAGCACUUUGGCUUAUGUAUAAGUUAGAAAUAAUUGUUAGUUUUUAAUACGUACUUCAUGGGGAAAUUUCUUAGACGUAUGCAAGCAAGUGAAAACAAUUAGGGCCAGUGGUAUUAACUACUUUAUAAAAUUUUAUUUUUGUUUGUAAGAAGUCAUCUACUUAAGGCCCAGUUAAUAUAAGUGGAAUCAUCAUAGUUUAAGGAAUACCCAGAGAUUGCUGCUGUUCUAUUUAUUUUACAGAAAGGAUAGCUAGAUUGAAAGCUCUUCAGUGGACCUUGAGCUAAUAGAUCUUUUACCACUAAAAGAGCAUUAUUCUCAUGUCAUAAUGAGAAUAAUAAUUUACAUACUUGGCAUAAUAAAUGCCUAAAAGACAUUUUAUUUUCUGAAUCUAUUUUUUUCUUGCUAUAAUGGGGAUAUUGUAAAUUAUGCAUUUGUAUUAAUGGUAUUUCUUAAAGCAAUCUAUGUAACUGUAAAUUAAACCAAUCUACAAACUAUUGUAGGCAUCUGUAAAUUCUGUUGUAGGUAUUAUACACUUUGUUGAAGCCUUAAUCAGCAGAUUAUGUUGUGAAUAUAUUUGUACAUUGUUAAAAUAGUUUUUAAGAUUAUUUGUUUAAUUGAAUAAGUGUCUUAUUGGAGUGAUAGCUUUGAAGGUGCAAAACUUUAUAUUUGUAUAAAAUUACACUAUUUACAAGGCA